UCCAAGUUACUGCACUUCCAAACUGUAGAGAUGGACCGCAAAGAUAAUCAAUCUCCUCAAGGUGAGACAGCUCGGAUUCUGGUUGAAUUCCUGGAGGUGGCAAUCACUUCAAUCGUUUUCCUCAAAGGAAUUUACCCUCCAGGUGCUUUUGAAAGAAGGAAAUAUAUGAAUUUGGUGGUUCAUAGCGCUCGUCACCCUGAACUCAGGGAUUAUAUCCAUUCUGCUGUCUCGGGACUUCAUCCUUUCAUCCAAAAGGGUCUGGUGGAAAGAGUAGCAGUUAUUUUCUUUAACAGUGAUAGCAUCCCUGUGGAAAGAUUUAUGUUUAAGCUCACUGUGAAUCAGUCUUAUGGCUCAAGGGUGGAAGAAGCUGACCUGGAGUUCUCACUAAGGUCGUUUUUUAUCAAGCUUCCUUUCUCAGAAUCCCUUACACGGGUUCUUCCCCAGGAUUGCAGGUGGGAGAUAACCGCGUACUUUCGAUCCCUUCCUCAGGCAAGCACAAGUAAGGAUGCAGAGUUGUGGAUUCCAACAGACACACAGCAGUGGCAACAGCCUCCAUUAAUAACCCCUAUUAAAUCGAUGAGUAGCGAACCUCUAUCUGUGCAGUUAUAUUUGGAACAUCCAGGUUUAUCUGAACCAAAGGCUUAAAGGGAAUUAAGCAAAUGAGUAUCUGCCUUGAUUUUACAUGACAAAUCAUGAUCACACACUGUCCCAUAAACAUACUGCUCAUGAAGUAAAUUCCGCUCGCUUUCUGCAUUUUGGUGUAUAAACCACAAUAAUCCAGUGCUUGGUAUCGUAAAGUUGUCAUCCAAUUAGAAUGAGAUUACAGGCUUCAGAGGUAGAAAUUUUGUGGAAGAUGAAGGGUAAAGAAAUUUUGUGGAGAUGAUUAACAUAUGACAUUACAAUUUACAGUAUAUUAUGAGAUAACAAAAUUACUUUUCUGAUAGCUAAAUCUCUUUUCCUUUUUCUUGAAGGGAUUAUUGUUUGUACUCUCCCAAGUCCAGGGAAACAUCAAUUCAAAAGGGUUUUUACCACA